AUGGCCUCCCAAGACUUGUUCGCCCCCAACUACAUCUUCGGCGUCUACAUCCCCUCCGCCCUGCUCAUCGGCGGCGCUGCUGUCUUCAAGGCCGAAUGGAUCCCCUUUGCAGUCGCCGCGGCGGCAGCAUUGGGUGGUCUGCAGUUCUUGCUCGGUCAAGGACCCAAGCACAUCCCAGUCCUCAAGCCUGACGAAUUCCAAGAAUUCCCCAUCUCGGAGAAGAAACAAAUCUCCCACAACACCGCCAUCUACCGCUUCAAGCUGCCCACCGAGACCAGCAUCCUCGGCCUCCCCAUCGGCCAGCACAUCUCCCUCGCCGCGACCCUCGACGUCACCGACCCCAAGACCAGCAACGUCGAGCGCAAGGAAGUCGUGCGAUCCUACACGCCCAUCUCCUCCGAUGUCGAACCGGGCUACUUCGACCUCAUCGUCAAGAGCUAUCCCACCGGCAACAUCUCGCGUCACCUGGCAACUCUCAAUGUCGGCGAUAACAUGAAGGUCAGAGGCCCCAAGGGCGCCAUGGUGUACACCCCCAACAUGGUGCGCCAUUUCGGCAUGAUUGCCGGUGGGACUGGUAUCACUCCCAUGCUGCAGGUUGCGCGUGCGAUUCAGAGAGGACGCAAGAGUGGGGAUAGGACCAAGGUCGAUCUCAUCUUCGCCAACGUCAACCCGGAGGAUAUCUUGCUCAAGGACGAUUUGGACCAGUUGGCCAAGGAGGAUCCGGAUUUCAAUGUUUACUAUGUGCUGAACAACCCGCCGGAGAACUGGAAGGGUGGUGUUGGGUUCGUUACGGGUGACAUGAUUAAGGAACGCCUUCCAUUGCCUGCCAAGGAUGUCAAGAUUCUCAUUUGCGGUCCUCCUCCUAUGGUGUCGGCUAUCAAGAAGGCCACUGAGGCAUUGGGCUUCGAGAAGGCGAGAGCUGUCAGCAAACUCGACGACCAGGUCUUUGCCUUCUAA